CCGACCUACGUCAUCAAAAAAAUCCAUUAUGCCCGAAAUGCAAACUCCUAUUUCUUCAGUCUUCUCUUUUCUCUAUGCCAUCAUCCUAGACUGCGUUCGUGUAAAUGUGAAUUUAAAUUAUUUUACUUUUCCAUGACUGCUGAAGUAUUAUCUUUAUUUUGUAGGAAGUGGAUUGAUCGUUAGCUAUGUCAUCAUCUGGAGAUUUUAUCAACCCCCUCAGAAAAUUCAAACUGGUGUUUCUAGGGGAGCAAAGUGUCGGGAAGACUUCGCUUAUUACGAGAUUCAUGUAUGAUAGUUUUGAUAACACGUAUCAAGCAACAAUAGGAAUAGACUUUUUAUCAAAAACAAUGUAUUUAGAAGAUAGAACAGUAAGAUUACAGUUGUGGGAUACUGCUGGUCAAGAAAGGUUUAGAAGUUUGAUCCCAUCUUACAUUCGUGAUUCAACUGUUGCAGUUGUUGUUUAUGAUAUUACCAAUGCUAAUUCAUUCCAUCAAACUUCAAAAUGGAUUGAUGACGUUCGGACAGAGCGUGGUAGUGAUGUCAUAAUUAUGUUAGUUGGCAACAAAACUGAUUUAUCAGAUAAGAGACAAGUCACCAGUGAAGAUGGUGAAAGGAAAGCAAAAGAAUUGAAUGUUAUGUUUAUUGAAACUAGUGCUAAGGCUGGUUAUAACGUGAAGCAGCUGUUUAGACGAGUGGCAGCAGCCCUACCUGGAAUGGACUCAACGGAAAACAAACCUCCUGAAGACAUGCAAGAAGUCAUUCUGAAAGACACUCCAAACGAGGUUAACAAUGCUGAUGGUGGCUGCGCUUGCUAAAAGAUUUUGUCUUCAUUUUCCUCUCGUAUGGUCCUUUACAUUGAAAGAUUUAAGACUGCUCUCCAGGUAUCCUUGAUAUUCGAAGGCAGAAUUCUAUAUUGUUUCCCUUAAUGUCAGAUUAAUUUUGGCUUGACAUGUUCAAAUAAGGAUAUAAAGACAAGCGUAUAUCCUUUGAUAUAUAAGUUCUUUAAUGAGGCACUGAAACAUUAUGUGAGUGAAACAGGCUUGUUCUAGUGUGCUGAUUAUUUCAACGCUUGCAAAUAUGUAUAUGUGCCCCCCCCCACCCCUCCUCAUAUUUUCUUUUUCACCAAUGCACCGAAAAAAUUAUAAUUAAAAUUAUGUAAGAUAAUUCUAAAAUAAAAUUAAAGAAGCCAAAUUUUUGUUUAGUUUAUACUGUGAACUCUUUCCUCCAUCUUAUCGAAGUGUGUGUGAUACUAACUUUAGCAAUGGUUGAAUCUGUAGUUCGAUGCAGUAAUAUAUUAAUUAAAUCAUGUCCUCA